CAUUACAGAUGACCUUUGAGCUACGCGCUUGGUAGUUUUAAUAUCUCUGAAAGCAAAUAAUUAGAUGUUGUUUAUGUAUUGCUAUAGUCUGAAGUGUGUUGUGUGCGUGGUGAUUGACAGUCCAAUUCGUUAACGAUGCAAAGAGAAGAAAAACAGUUGGACGCGGCUUUAGAAGCCUUGAUAUUACGUGUGAAUGAUUUGAAAACCUCUAUCGGUUCAAUGCUUUUCAAAUUAGAGCAUGAAUACGAAACCAUUAACUGGCCAACUUUCUUGGAUAACUUUGCUCUAAUGUCAGGUCAUCUGACAUCAAUAUCCAAAAUGCUCAGUCAUGACAAAUCACCGGCGCUGCGUAGCCUGACAGUUCUUCCUCUGCUUUUGAGCCCUGAAAGAGAUGAAGAACUUGUUCGUCUUACCGAAAAUCGUAUUAACACGUUUUCGUAUGAUGUUGUGCCAGAUUAUUUGCGAACGAAACCAGAACCCGAAGUUGAACAUAAAAUGAUGCAGAUGGAACACAAAGCAGCAAACUUAAGUUUCGAAACAGCACAGAAACAAGUUAGUCAAUACACAAAAGUAGUGACACAAGUUUGGGAACUUGUUAGUAAGGCACGAGAGGAAUGGGAAAGUGAAUCAGGAUCACGAUCUGGUGCAAACCAGACGUCAUCUAUGGCAGAUACACACACUCUUGUUGCAGCAGUGGGUAUGGGAAAAGGUCUAGUCCCAAUGGUUCAACAACAAGUAGCUGCAGGACCUCCAGGAAUGAUGGUAGCACCAGUGGGUCGACCAGGUGCAGGAGCACAGCAGCCAGGAGGGCCUCUGAAUCCCAACCAGCCAGUACCUAUGGGACCAAUGGGCAAGGCACCUUCAUCAAUCAAAACGAACAUUAAAGCAGCGACUCAAAUUCAUCCAUAUGGACGAUAAAGUGCCUUUACAUAUAGGCCUACCAAUAAUGGUAGAAUGAUGACACAAAUACAUUUGAAGUAAAAGACUGAUUGUUGUGUUAUUUAUUGAUACUGCUUUAUAUCAUUGUUUUGAUUCAAAACAUCCUUAAAGGUGUUUUAAUUUAUAAAUGUGGUUGAA